GGAAAAUGGGAAUGCUUGCCCGACAUACAAAUAACACAACCCGGACUAGUGGUUCGGACGUUUCAAUUAUUUCAACCGGAUUGGUCCAACCAAAUCAGUCAGUCACAGAUCUUCCGGUUUGAUAUCAUCUCCUCUGCGCCUUUCAACGGAAAAACCGAAGGAAACCCUCAAUCGGAUCGAACCGUAAUUAUAAAUUUUUUAGGAGGCUUAUGUGAGUAUAAUCAAGAAUGGAUAGUGGUAGAAUCCCAGAACGGAAAUCCAAGCAAAAAAAAGACCCUGCAUGGGAAUACUGUGAAAUAUACAUAAAUGGUGAUAAGAAGGAGCUCAGGUGUGUAUUUUGUGGGAAGAUAUUUAAGGGUGGUGGAAUUCAUAGAGUUAAAGAGCAUCUUGCUGGUGCUAAAGGUGAUGGGGGCUCCCCUUGUUUAAAAGUUGAUCCAGAUGUUAGGGCUGCAAUGCAAGAGAAUUUGUCUGGGAUUGUGGGGAAGAGGGGUAAAAAACAAAAGUUUAUUGAACUGAGUCCGAAUGUCGGUAAUGUUACUGAGGAUGAGAGUAUCCGAAACAGCUAUGACUUGAACACAGUGGAUGGAUUGCUGCAAUUCCCAGAUACCAUCGAAGCGAACUCAAAUAAACGUUCGAAAUUUGAACAUUCAAGCAGGGAGAUGAAUGGUGGACAGAAGGCAGUGGUGAUAAGUAGAGGUCAAGCAAUUAGUGAGGAAGAGAGUUUGGAGAAUUUUGAACCUGCGGCCGUUAGUGCAUUCAAACGCGAUUCAGCUUGGAAGCAUUGCGACAUGUACAGAAAUGGUAAAAAGGUUAUACUGAGAUGCCUAUAUUGUGGGAAGAUUUUCCAUGGUGGUGGUAUUUAUAGACUUAAGGAACACCUUGCUGGUCGCAUUGGCAAUGGUGCUAUAUGUCCAAAAGUUCAAGCAGACGUCCGUCUCCAGAUGCAAGAGAGUUUACAAGCAAGUGUGUCGGGAAAACAAAAGAAGGGUGACAGUUUGAUUCAGAAACCCUUUGUUCAGAUACCGGAACCUGAUAAUGAUGAGGCUCAUGGUCUGUCUAGUGGACGGGAUCUCAAUAAUGACUUCGAUUUGUUUGGAGAGGACGACAAAUUUGAACAAAGUCUCGACCAAAUUGUGAAUCAAGUAGUUGAGGGUAGUGGAGUGGGCGGUGUAACAGACAAAGGGCAUGAAGGAAAAUCCUACAAUCUGAAGUUUCACAAGUCUUCUGCAUUAACUGGCGAGAACAAUAGAGCUAUUGGUUCAAGAUCCAAGGACAAUGAAAUUCAAAAAGAAAUAAAUAGUUUUCUGCUGAAUUUGGGGAUGGAUUUUGAUGCUACUGUUUAUGCUCAGUUCCAAAGCAUCAUUCAGAAACUAGCUUCACAAAAAUCACAUGUGGUAACUCCUUCUUGGGACGAUAUACGAAGCCGGAUUUUAAAGGAUGCUGCAAAAGAGGUCAAAAGUGACAUCGACAAAUUCACUGGUUGUUGGGCAAGGAGUGGUUGUUCCAUACUGUUUGAUGAAUGGAUAACUGUAAAGGGCAGAACGUUCUUGAAUGUUUUAGUUCACUGCUCCGAAGGGACCCUAUAUUUGAAGUCUCUGGAUAUUACUUGCAUAACUGACUCUAUAGAUGCUCUUUAUCAAUUGCUUGCAAAUGUGCUAGAAGAAGUUGGUGUUAGUAACGUGUUGCAAGUGAUCACAAGCGGUGAAGAACGGUAUAUUGUCAUUGGGAAAAGAUUAGAGAACUUUUAUCCUUCUGUUUUCUGGACUCCUUGUGCUAGUCAUUGCCUUAGCUUGAUUCUAGAGGACUUCGGAAGACUAGAAUGGAUAAAUGAACUGCUUGAACAAUGCAAAUCAAUGACAAGGUUUAUUUACAACCACAAUGUUGUUUUGAACAUGAUGAGAAAGUGUACUUUUGGAGUUGACUUAGUUGACAUUGGAAUGGCUGAGUCAGUGACAGAUUUCAUGACUUUGAACCGAAUGAUGAGUGUCAAAGACAACUUGAGAAAUAUGGUUAAUUCAGAGGAGUGGGCUGAGAGCUCAUAUACAAGGGAACCAGAGGGACUGACAUUGCAGGAUAAUAUUAGGAAUGAGUCAUUUUGGUCAACUUGUGGCUUGAUUGUCCGUUUAACUGAGCCAUUAUUGUCGCUCUUAAGAAUAGUUGGGAAUGAGAAGAGGCCUGCAAUGGGCUAUAUAUAUGCAGGACUUUACAAGGCCAAAGAAGCCAUCAAGAAAGAACUCGUCAGCCAGAAGGAUUAUUUUGAUUUGUGGGAUAUCAUUGAUCGAAGGUGGGAACACCUUCAGCAUCACCCACUGGUUGCUGCAGCUUUCUAUUUCAACCCCAAGUUCUUCUACAGUACUGAAGUAAAUGUUCCCCAAAUGAAGUCGCGGCUGUACGAUUCUUUGGAGAAGUUGGUUCCUGACCCAAAUAUUCAGGACAAAAUUGUGAAAGAAAAGAUCUCCUACGAGAAUGCUGUUGGAGAUUUUGGUCGUAAGAUGGCCAUAAGAGCUAGAGAUACUUUACUCCCAGCUGAAUGGUGGGCGACGUAUGGUGGAGCAUGCCCAAACUUGUCCCGCUAUGCCAUCCGAAUUCUUAAUUUAACUUGUAGCUUGAUGGCCUCGAAGCCUAAGCAUCUCAUUUUUGAAGAUAUACAUGAAACGAAAAAUUGCUUGGAGAAGCCGAGACUUGAUGACCUUCUUUCUGUCCAGUACAAUUGGUGGUUGAAGCAAAGGGCUUCCAAACACAAAGAUCAGGGGUCUUCGGAUCCUCUCAUGUAUGCAAAAUCAAACACUGUCUCGCAUUGGGUUAUGAAAGAGGAAACUGAACCGAAAAACCUAAAUGUUACUGAUUGGAGCAUAGUUCUGUCACCUUCCGGCAACAGAAUGCAGUUUGGUUCUCAAGCUGAUGAUUAUGAAGCCUUAGGUACAGGGUUUGAUGAUAUUGAAGUGUUCAAUCGUGGUGUAAAAGAAGAAGCAGUAAGCUGAUGACGUUCGGUUGUGUUUUGGUAGACAAUUUGUAUUCCUUUUAAAUGAGGGGAUGAUUUACCCCUCCAUCCAUCCUUUAGGAAAACAUAUACUCCCUCCAUUUCAAAUUGUAGGUUGUUUUAGGUUUUGAGAGAUUUUUCAAAAUGUAGGUCGUUUUACAAAUUCUAGGUAAAUUAAUGACUAUUUUUUCAAUUUUACCCUCAAUAAAUG